AUGUGGCCUUCUAAAAAACUAGGGGUUGGGGGCCAGGAGGGUGUGGAGGGGCUGGGGGGUGAGUGUUCCAGGGCGCCGACUCCGGCAGUGCGAUACCGUCGGUAUUAUAGAGUCCACGUCUCUCUGUGCUGUGCUGUGUUACUGAGAAAGGAAAAACAAGAAAAGAAAGAGAUUUUCGUUCUAAAUAGGAUGGUGUAUGGUAGAAGAGACGCCGCUAGUCGCAUGCAGUGUGAAGGGUUCCCUCGCGCGUCACGUAUCUUAUUACUGAAUAUGUUCGGUACAAAUGCGAGACUCCCAUUGUUUCCUUACACGGUUUUCGGGUAUUGUUCGGGUAUUGAAGGAGGAGGCAGGAGGAGGGAGGGGGAGGGGGGAGAUCUUGACAUUUAG